AUGGAGACCAACACUCCCCAGGCCAAACUCUACAUCGCCAUCAAUUCCUCUCUGGACUUCAAUCCCAAGAUCGACUAUCAGGUACCCAGCCGCUGGAUGCUUGCUGUCUUUCACCCAGUCCUCAAAAAGUGGCUCACCGCUCAAGGUCGUCAGAAUGAUGCUCGCUACGCCCUGAUCAAGGGUGGAGCUCCCCCCAAUCACUCCAAGUUCUUUAAAGUUGCCAAAAUUCCGGUCACUGAACUUGCUGCUCUCGAAGCUCAAAUUCGUUCUGUGCUUCCCGGGGAGAAUCCACUGGGCGAGUCGGUGUAUAAUCGCCAGUAUGUGCAUGAUGUCCUGAAGAGUCUGGUUCGCAGUGGGAUUAUUAGGGAGAAACAGGGUCGGGAUACUUUUCUUGCGGCUGAGGCUUUUGCAUUUCAGUCGAGCGCAAUCUAA